AGACGGGUAUAUGUCUGCCCUUCUUCUCGCCGCUAACCGUUUGCCGUAUUCCACGAGCACAGGUUGCAUUUUUCAUCAACGCCGUUCCCUAUUUGGGUUUCGUCAGAUACGUCUUUUAACUUGUCUCCUUCAUUUUUUUAUAAUGUGAGUAUAUAUAUAGAGAGACAGAGGGUUCAUUGAGGUGUUUGAUAUAGUAAGCAAUCCCCUCCCCGCAUGGAUGUCUGACGGGAAAUAGUUUAUUUCUCUUAUCCUUCUUCUUCUUCUACUUCUUUUAUCCUUUUCCCUUCUUCUCCUUCUUAAGCGGAGAUCGUAGCCAGAUUCGGGUCCUCCGGGAUUCAGUUUCGGUGGUUGAAGGAGGACGAUUUCUACUAUCUGGGCGCCUGAAUAAAAACCAAGAAGUUUCCUACUCUGAGCUGCAAGAGAGAGAAAGAAGGCGCCAUCCCCAGUUUUUCCUUGUUUUGUUUCACCGACUCUGUUUUUUGUCAUUUCUCUUGGUUUUCGACUUCCUCCGGGAGGUUAAUUGGCGUUUGAAGUCGGCCUUUUGUUUGUUCUUGAAGACAGAUAAAGUGUGUAUAGUUGAUGAUUGUAGGGUUUUGAUUUUGUCGAUAUUUUUUUUGGUCCAGUGGGUAGGUUUAGUCUAGGGAAUUUUUAAUUGCGACUUCUUCUUCUUUUUCCCCUAGAAGAAGUAAAAGGGCUUGUUUCAUAUUAUCAUGAAUCGGAGAUAAACGCAGACGGAGAAGGGGUCAAAAGGAGAAGGAUUUCGAGUGAGGUUUCUUCGAAUUUUGGUUUCUUUAACAACAAAUGAAAGGGAAAUUUUGACUGGAGUGGAUGCCUGUAGUUCUUACCCCUCGUCUCUUUUUUCCUUUUGUGGAUAUAAUUCUUGAAUGAUUUGGUGUCGUCCUAUGAGGAUUGUGGGAAGUGGGUUUUGCAGCAUGGGUAGGGGGAGGUGCAGUAAUAGUUAGAAUUUAAUUAAUAUUUUAGUUGGAGGCGCACACCCAUUUCUUUAAUGACGGUGUAGCAGUGCACUUCUUGGUUGAGUACUCAUGUCUAACUCUGAGUUCCAUCAAAUGGCAAAGGGGAAAUGGGAGCCGUCUAAACCAAAGAUGGCAGCAAAUUGCUCUGCAGAUCUGGCUUUUGUGCCUGACAAUGAGUUCGUUGAGCUGCUGUGGGAAAAUGGGCAGAUUGUAAUGCAGGGGCAAAAUAAUAGAAACAAAAAAGUCUCCGUCUCUGCUGGUUUUGCUUCCAAUCCCACCAGCAAUGGAGACGAUGCAGUUCUUCCUAUCCCAGCCAAAGGCGCAAAGUUUGGAACAGCAGAGGCUGUCGCUCAGGAUUUCUCCUCCAGUGCCACUGCGACGGUUGGUCUAGUUCAAGAUGAUGAAUUGGUACCAUGGUUGAAUUACCCAUUUGAUUACUCUCUGGAGAAGGAAUACUCUUCAGAUUUUUUCUCCGAGUUAUCGGGAAUGAACCGGAACUCUAUGCCUGCUCCUAGCAAUGCCUCUUGCUUAGAGAAAGCUGCUAACUUGGGCAAUUCUCAGAUGGUAUCUGCGCAAAAUGGUGAAAAUCUGGAGCAGGGGAACUCAUAUAAGGAGUCUGUGUUGGAGUCGGAUCUUAAUACCUCUGGCCGUGCUCCCGCUAGAGUUAGAGGUGGUCAAUGCUUUCAAUCUUCACAGUUUCAAGGUUCAGCUCUUGGAGUUAAGGGAAAGCUUGUAGAUUUUGGUGGUAGUGAUGUUUCCCAUGCAGCUCCUUGUGAGAAUUCUACACCCUCACCGGCUUCGGUGGUCACAGCGCAGACCAUGAAGACUGCUUCCUUGCCGGUGAAGCUGUCUAGGCCUACUAACAAUGCUAGUGUGAUGAACUUUUCUCAUUUCUCCAGGCCCGCGGUUCUUGUUAAAAGCAAUCUUCAGUCUGUAGGGACCGGUGCAGGUCCUUCGAUGGCCGAUCCUUUUAGAAGCACCAACAAAGCAUCCACUACUGAAACCAAUCCUAUCGAAUCUUCAGUAGUUGAUUCAACUAGUGGUUCGAGACAGAUUGGUGGAUGUAAGAAAGUGCUCAAUUUUCAAGGUCGACCACCUGGUUUGCUCUCCAAGACAGAAAUCAAGUUACCUGCCGAGCUCCCUUUUCAGGAACUAGCACGUCACAACCAUGAAGAUGCUCUAUGUCGAGAGGAUGGCUCAAUCUGUAGGAACAGGUCUCCGGAUCAAACUGUUUCACAGAGCCCCAGUUUUGCAGCUAGCACAGAAUUAGGAAGAUCAGAUAGUGGGAAGGCAUUCGAGCCAGUAGUUGCAUCUUCUUCCGUUUGUUCAGGGAGCAGUGCAGGGAGAUCUACGAAAGACAGCAAACGCGGGUCUAAGAGAAAAUCCACUGAACUUGAAGAGUCUGGAUAUCGCAGCGAGGAUGUCGAGGAAGAGUCUAUAGAUGUGAGAAAAGCAACCACCUCAAAGAGCACGAGCGCCAAGCGAAGCCGUGCAGCAGAAGUGCACAACUUAUCAGAAAGGAGACGACGAGAUAGGAUCAAUGAGAAGAUGCGUGCAUUGCAAGAGCUUAUCCCAAAUUGUAAUAAGGCAGACAAGGCCUCGAUGCUGGAUGAGGCCAUUGAAUACCUUAAGACCCUUCAAUUGCAAGUCCAAAUUCUCCUUCUGCUUCAGAUUAUGUCGAUGGGCAGUGGAAUGUGCAUGCCUCCGAUGAUGGUGCCUGCUGGGAUGCGGCAUAUGCAUGCGCGUCAUAUGGCUCAUUUCCCUCCAGUUGGUGUAGGGAUGGGAAUGGGAAUGGGGAUGGGUAUGGGCAUGGGCUUUGGCAUGGGAAUGCUUGACAUGGGUUGUUCAUCUGCUUGCCCCAUGAUUCCAAUGCCUCAAAUGCAUGGUCCGCAGCUUCCUUGCUCCUCUCUUUCUGGUUCUGCUAGUUUGGCUGGCAUGCCUGGGUCAAAUGUUCCAAUGUUUGGAAUUCCAGGCCAAGGGCUUCCCAUGACAAUGCCUCGUGGUCCGCUUUCGCCAUAUUCGGGGUUUUCACUAAAAAUGGCCUCCGCACCUGAAACUUCGGCUACUGUUACCGCAGUGCCUGGUUCUGGAUCAGCUCUUCCAUCAACUCAGAAAGACCAACUUCAGAACGCAAGUUCAGCGUCAGUACAUGGUAGCAGCCCCCAGCAAACCCAGAGAACACAGGGUGCGAAAGGAUGCUUUUCCCAGUCUGCCGCGAUUUCCACAACUCAUCAAGCUGGAUCUAGUAGCGGCAAUACAGCCCCCCAUACUACUAAAACAGAUUGAGUUCCAACUAAUGCCGCUUGUUGCGACUGAUAUACGACUUUGUGAGAGCUGAGGAACGGAAACAGUGAUCAUGGUGGGCCGGUUGUUGUCUGCAUAUUCUAUUCAUUUUAUUCAUGCUUGGCUAGGAAGCUUUCUGAUAGUAAGUGAAGGAGGGUCAUUCAAGAAAUGAUUUGGCAUAGGAGCUAGGCAAUAACAAGUGUCAUUGAGCAUGUAGAAGUACUAACAAAACAAAGUUUUGCACCUUGGAGAGGUGUGGCACUACGUGCUGUUGUACAUUUUGUUGCGGGAUCCAUAAAAGAUGGCUAUUUUAGAUUGUCAAAGUUUUUGAUGUACCAGCUGCUGUAUGUAAAUAGAAAAUGGUGUAGGCUGCACAUAUCCAGCUUCUUGAAA